GAAAGAAAAGAAAGAUUGUACAGUGUACAGUCACUUUAACAACUUCACCCAGAAAUUUAGAGGAGAGAGAAAGAGACUUGUAUAACAAUGGCGUGGUGCGCAGCUAGAACCUUCCAAUUGCCGGCGAUUGACGCCGGAGCACUUCGCGUUAAAGGCCAAUUAGCCGCCGGAUUAGGCUGCGUUUCUUUCGUCGGCUCCAAUUUAUGGCGCUCUUCUUCUACCUCUCGCUCUAAACCCUUUGCUUGUCGUGCUGUUUCUACUGAUGCCAGUUUAAAGGAAGUUGUUCAAACAGACAAGGCUCCUGCGGCAUUGGGACCAUAUUCUCAAGCCAUUAAAGCAAACAACAUGCUCUUUGUAUCUGGUGUUCUGGGUCUUGUGCCUGAGACGGGAAAGUUUGUAUCAGAAAAUGUGGAGGAACAAACUGAGCAGGUUCUCAAAAACAUGGGUGAAAUUUUGAAAGCUAGUGGGGCAAGCUACUCUUCUGUAGUCAAAACAACCAUCAUGUUGGCAGACUUGAAAGACUUCAAGAAAGUGAAUGAGAUAUAUGCUAAGUAUUUUUCAUCUGUACCUCCAGCUCGAUCUACUUACCAGGUUGCAGCAUUGCCUUUGGAUGCCAGGAUUGAGAUUGAGUGCAUUGCUGCACUAUAGGUUAUGUCUGACUUUGAUUUCUUUAUGAAGAUCAAUAAAGCUAUCAUGGCUGUGCAGCAAUUUCGUCUUUGAGCAUCCUAUUCCUACUACGGAGUAUGUUUGCUUUAGUUUUCUUUGACUUGCUGCUGGAUGUACAUGAUUUAUGCUCUCUACUCAUUGUAUGAUUCUGUAGACAUUGUUAAGACUUUAUGUCGAAAUUUGACCCUUGAGCAUAUUGAAUAUUACAGUGAGGGUGCUAUUGGAUUCAUGUUUCCAUCCCAUUUCUUAUUUUAGGGAGUUCAAUAAAGAAUCUGUUGAUAAGUUGGCUAAA